AUGACUCAUCAAAAGUCGCGGGUCGCGGGGUCGCGGUUCAGCGAGCGCCAAGUGUGCCGAGGGGGUGGCGACGCAGUGGACGCGGAGAGCGGAAAGAGGUUGCGAGGUUCCCACGGCGUGUUCCUUCCGGAGGCGGCGACCCGUGACGCUACCGUGCUAAGACGCCUCGCUAUACGCUCCGCCCCACUGGGUCACGGCGUCGGC